AUGAUGAGCGAGCAGGGCUCGCACAGAGCACGAAGAUGGGAGGGAAAGAUGGAGAGAAAAGAGAACGCUAAGCCCAGCGCGGCCUUAGCGGGGGUUUCCAUUCCGAAACAUCAGCGUAGCGCGGUGCACGGCCCCUCGCACCAUUCACCAAUCACAGCGCCCGACGACAGCGACCAGCCCUGGCGGAAGAAGGUGAGGAGAGCCCCCCAGGUCGGCCUCAAUCGCAGUGGGCAGUGA